CGUCCCUGCCCUCUAAUGGCUCAAACCCACCAAACACCAAGUGGCACUGAAAAAGAAGGGCACUACCACAUCUUAGCAGAUGGAUGGUGCUAUUUGCUGCCAAAAACAGUGGAGAAGGAGAGAAUCAGAAGGAUGUCUGAGCAGCAGAGUGCCCCAGAGCAGCUGGCUGUAGGAAAAAGCCAGGGUGGAGCUGGAGCUACAUAUAAGGUGGUGCUUUUUGAGUUUGAAAACUUCCAGGGCUGCAAGGCAGAGAUUUUUGCAGAAUGUAAAGGCGUGACGGAGAAGGGGCUGGAGAAGGUCGGCUCUCUGAUUGUUGAGUCAGGACCAUGGGUGGGUUAUGAUCGGCAUGGGUUUACUGGGGAGCAGUUUGUUUUGGAGAAGGGCGAGUACCCACGCUGGGACACCUGGACCAACAGUCAAAGCAGCUACUCCCUCUUGUCUCUAAGGCCUCUCAAAGUGGAUAGCGCAGAACACAAGCUACACUUGUUUGAGAACCCUAAGUUUACUGGGAGAAAGAUGGAGAUUGUUGAUGAUGACGUGCCAAGUUUGUGGGGCCAUGGUUUUCAGGACCGUGUAGCUAGUGUCAAAUCUCUGAAUGGAACAUGGGUUGGCUAUAUGUACCCUGGCUACAGGGGACAACAGUUCAUCUUUGAGCGGGGAGACUUUAAGCACUGGAAUGACUGGGAGGCCCCUGCUCCUCAGAUCCAAUCUGUCCGAAGGGUGCGGGACAUGCAGUGGCACAAGAGGGGUUGUUUCAUCCUUCCAGACCCUGCUCCUGCCCCUGGCCCGGAUCCUGAUCCCACCCCAGGACCUCCUGUUCUUCCUGCUUCGGCUGGAACCAGCUGAGCAGGAUCCUGACAUACCUCCAAGCCCCCUGUUGCCCACAGUUUCUGCCCUCUGCCUACCCAACCAUGGCAAACACUGCUUGUGCUCUGUGACCAUUGCCAUGUUUAUUUCAGUGGGGAAUAAAAGCUGUUUGAUCUGGC